GUUCUGCUCCCUCAUUCUCACCUGGCCUCGACGCAAUUCGCACUCGUGCUACAUCACGGUUCGCUCUAAUUAGAGAAGUUGAAUAACAGGCUCGUCCAUUGGACUGCCGCCGGACCCAGCAGGAGCUCUUUAGCUUGGCAACGCUCCCCGACAGGCACCCUUUCCUUCAGCCAACGCGACCGAGUCCACGCGGCGCCAACGCCUGCAGCAUCCACCCCCGAGCAAUUACGCGCCAUGCCGAAGCCUUCGAUGCCAUAACCAGCUCCUUUCCUUGCGACUGACUCGUUUUCUUCCCCCCCGGCUCGAUCCGCGGGGAGCAGUCCUGGCGCAGGCGAGUGAGCACGCGACAUGCCCCGCCGCCGCGCCCAGGCAUGGAAGAUCCCUGGGGCGGUGAUCCGUGGUCGACAGCAGACGACGGCAAUGCCCUGCACCCUGAUGCUGCUGCUGCGGCGGCGAAGCUAGGCCUACCUACCGCACCGCGGCAGGCACAUUUCGCGGCCGAUGGCGGCAGCAGAGGCAGUAGCCCGCGAAGGGUGUUGGCCGCGCCUUGGGGUCGGGAGCUCGAGGACCCGGACGAUGCGUGGGGGGGCUGGAACGCGGGCGCCGAGAGUCCUGGAUGGGGGAGGAGCCCUGGGAUAAAGCCUGCUGCGGGCGCGGCCGUGAGGGAACCCUCGCCGGAUCCGUGGGGUGGACUGGGUUCGACGAAGAGGACCGACGUGGAGGAGGAGCCCUCUGGUCGGCGCGAGGAACGGACGGCGGACUCGGCCAUCAGCCUGGGAGAAGACGACACACAGCGACGCGAUACCUACAACGAUGGUAAAGUGAGACGAUCGAGCUCCAUUGAUGAGCGCGCACAUGAUAUAUGGGGAGUGGACGUGUCGGCAGUACUCAAAGAAGCGGCAGCAUCCGAUCCUGCCGACGGACCGGGCGAGGUGGUUGACGAAAUAGCGAAGCCCGACACAUCUGAGAAAUUAACGUGCGGUGAAGAUGGCUCUCGCGAAGUCGCCACAUCAGAUGAGCCGCUAGAGGAAGACAGGAAGCCAUCGAAGGUGCAGGAGCUGGUGGAGAUGUUUGAUGGCAUCGCCCACAGAAACGCAGCCUCUUCGGAAGCAUUGAGCACGUCAACAAAGGAGCCCACAGCUAUCGCGGUAGACACGGAUGUAGCACUGCAGGUUCCCGACAUUCAGGUCGCAGAAGCGUUCGACGAGGAGCUUCAGCACGAGGGCAUGGCCGGUUCGGAGGACAACGAAGAGGUGGACAAGUCUGCGCCGGAGCCAACGGCCGGGGACGAAGACCAAAAACCUCUACCAGACACCGAACAGCGUGUCGACUCUGGCUCAAGGCUAAAAUUACCCCCCGUCCCCUUCCCCAUCGACCUAACUCAGCUGGACCGGCUAUUUCCUUCCACACCCUCCACGUCCGUCGACCCCGAGCCCGUCCCCGAUGUCAUCAUCGACGACACCUUUGCCAGCGUCUCUGAGCGGAAAGCCUGGUACCAUGUGUCGCGCUUCGGCUCCAUCCGCAAGUACAACGGCGGGGGUGGGGGCGACGACGACGACGGCUACGUGCGCGUUAGCUGGGCCGGCUCGCACGUCCGCGACAAAACGCUGCGCAUCGUGCGGCGCUGGAUGGAGGAGGACUCGAUCGGCGGGCGCGUCGUGCUGGGCCGCAGGCUCGGCGCGGGCGGCGGCGGCAACCUGUUCAACUGGGACUCGGAGGCGCCGCCCGUGGAGAUUGGCGAGCUGCUCAGGGCGAAGAAGAGCAAGGGCGCGGCGGCGGGCGUCGGGGGCCAUGGGCGGCAGGCGUCGGCUGUUGUCAGGGGGAGCGUCAUGUCGCCCACCGAGCCGGCGUUCGCCUGGAGCAGCAGCAGCUUACCCUCGUCCCCCCUGGCUGCUCGACAGCCUGAGCUGAUGCCGAUGCCGGACGCUGCGGAGCACAAGCAGUCGCAAGAUGCGCCUCCAGUCGAGCCCAAGCAGUCGCUGGAGAGGCCGGCGUCGCUGCAGCUCCCCCGGCCGCCAGAGGCGACGCCGGCGACACGACAGCCGUUGUCCCCCCUGACGCAAUCCCAUCCGGUAGCCAACGACGACACCACCGCCGAAGAGGAAGACGAGGACGAGGACGACGAAUGGGGCGAGAUGGUGUCACCAGAGACGGCCGCACAGCCAGAACCGUCGUCCACCGCCCCGUCACUACCCGCCCCCCUAGACGUCAACGCCUCCCACACCACCACCAUCGCCGCCGCCGCCGCGACACCCCUUGAUCGCGCCAGCGUCAUCCCGCCCGACGACACAGACGAGUCCACCCUCCUCCCGAGCACAGAAAUCCACAUCAAGGCCGCGCCUAGCCGCACGCCCAACGACCCCUGGGCCGCCCAGGACUCCGACUGGCACGACUCGUCGUCGUCGUCUAGCGCAGAGGAGGAGGAGGGUGAGUCCCAGCAUACCCUCGUAACGACCAUCACCCACGGCGCCCCGUCGAGCAGCGACCUCGACCCCUGGGAUACGUCGGCCACGGCAGCCUCACCCUUGCCCGUCCACGGCGCACCCGAGGCCGGCACUCCGAAACCGGCGGCCGCGGCCGCGACGAGGAGGAGCCCUGUCCAGGAGCCCCCCACGCCGUCCCUCGGACCAUCCAAUCCGGCCGACACGCCCUUCCCUCUACCACCCGCCUCUACCACUACCACUACCACCGCCGCCACCGCAUCGCUGGCCACUAGACAGACAGCAACAACAACAAAACCAACAAUUGCAGCAGCGGCCGCCGCAGUAGCAGCAGCUCCUCCAGCUCCAGGGGCAAAUCCACCCAUCGCAGACGACCAGCUCGUAGCCGACAUACUGCGCAACCUCCCCGACCUAUCCUACAUGCUGCACUAACACCGUUACACUACCACCAAGAACCGGCGGCGCCGCCACUUGAGACGAGACAAAGGAGGAGCAGAAGCACCGUCGUGAGCUAUGACUUUUUGUCAUUACAUGUAUAGGGGGCUCGCUCCCGGUGGGGGAAAGACGACAGCAUAAGAAACUGUCGUCAUCGUGUGAGAUACACUAGGUGUGCGAGUACGGGACAGGUGCCUUGUGUCGUGUGGCUUUUGGGUUGGUUGGUUGCCUCCAUUUUCUGGUAUGUCUUUUUAGGUAUUCGUGCCGCGGCAUGGCUGGCGUUACAUCUGUCAUGUUUGCAUAUCAAGACAUCGCUUCUGCAUUUCAUCGUGGU